AUGGCUCAAGCAGAUAUCUCCGCUUUUGAUCGAGCCAACGAGGCUGUGGCUUUUCUAAGAAGUCGUCUGCCAGAGGGCCUGCAGUCGCCGAAAGUGGCUAUUGUAUGUGGCUCCGGCCUGGGAGGACUGGCCGAUACAGUCCAUGCUGAAGGUCGAGCGGAAUAUGAUUACGCGUCAAUUCCGCAUUUCCCUCGUCCGACAGUUGCGGGACAUGCUGGGAAGUUGGUGUUUGGUCUGCUGGGCCAGAAGAUUCCCGCUGUCUUGAUGGUUGGCCGUGCCCAUUACUACGAGGGCCAUUCUAUGGACCAAGUGACCUUCCCGAUCCGAGUCUUCAAGCAACUGGGAGUUGAUACAGUCGUGUUGACGAAUGCGGCUGGUGGCCUGAAUUCUGACUAUUGCGUGGGCGAUAUUGUCAUGCUGAAUGAUCACAUCUUCCUCGCCGGUCUAGCGGGAGUUCAUCCCCUCCGAGGACCCAACGACGAAGAGUUUGGAGUCCGUUUCCCACCUCUUUCCGACGCAUAUGACCUGGACCUUCGUCGUCAGGUACAUCAAGCGUGGAAGCAAGUAAUCAGUGCCCAGAGCACAAGGAAGCUGCACGAGGGAGUAUAUGCCUUUGUUGGAGGACCCACCUAUGAAACGAGAGCGGAGAGCCGCAUGCUGCGUAUGCUCGGUGCCGAUGUGGUAGGCAUGUCCACAGUGCCAGAGAUCGUGGUGGCGAGGCACUGUGGGCUUCGCGUUUUGGCGUUCAGUCUGGUGACCAACAACGCAGUGCUGGCACCUGUGCCCCGUGGCGAUGAGCAAUUGCUCCAAGGAAAGGACGCCGGUGAGCUGAAUGCCAUCAUCGAAGAGGGCAAGGCAGGACACGAGGAAGUCUUGGAGGCUGGCCGCAAUGCGGCAUUGGACAUGCAGAAAUUGGUAUUGCAAAGUCUUGUGAAUGUCUUUGGGCAGGCAUAG